CUUCUUCUUUUCAUAUAAGUCCAUCUUCAGUUCUUCUUUCUUCAUAUUCAUAAUCAAUCAAUCAAAUCUAGAUCAAUGGGAUACACAAACGGAAACUCAACCGCAUCAUCAGAAAAUCAACUAAAGUUCCUAAUCUACGGUCGUACCGGUUGGAUCGGAGGUUUACUCGGCAAACUCUGCAAAUCACAAGGAAUCGAAUUCACAUACGGUUCAGGUCGUCUCGAGAACCGUCCAUCACUCGAAUCCGACAUCGCAUCUUUCAAUCCGACUCACGUCUUCAAUGCGGCUGGUGUUACUGGCCGUCCGAACGUAGAUUGGUGUGAAUCUCAUAAAGUUGAGACGAUUCGUACGAACGUCGUUGGAACUCUAUCGCUUGCUGAUGUUUGUAGAGAGAAGGGAUUGAUUUUGAUUAAUUAUGCUACUGGAUGUAUUUUUGAGUUCGAUGAGAUGCAUCCGCUUGGAUCUGGUAUUGGAUUUAAAGAAGAAGAUGUUCCGAAUUUCAUUGGAUCUUUCUAUUCCAAAACUAAAGCUAUGGUGGAAGAUUUGCUAAGGAACUACGACAAUGUUUGCACACUGCGUGUUAGAAUGCCCAUUUCAUCCGACCUAACCAACCCUCGAAACUUCAUAACGAAGAUCACUCGAUACGAGAAAGUUGUGGACAUUCCAAACUCGAUGACAAUCUUGGACGAGCUUCUUCCCAUAUCGAUAGAGAUGGCAAAGAGGAAUCUUACCGGAAUAUACAAUUUUACAAAUCCAGGAGUCGUAAGCCACAACGAGAUUCUCGAGAUGUAUAAGGAAUAUGUGGAUCCUUCAUUUACGUGGAAGAAUUUCACACUCGAGGAACAAGCGAAGGUGAUCAUUGCUCCAAGGAGUAACAAUGAACUAGACGCAACCAAACUGAAGUUAGAGUUUCCCGAACUCUUGGGAAUUAAGGAAUCUUUAGUGAAGUACGUGUUCAAGCCGAAUCAGAAGGUCAACAUUGCUUGAAGAAGAAAACUCGAGAAAAAAGAGCGAGUUCAAAGUUAUUGCGAGGUUGCACGAUUUAUUAAUAAUGGUUGUUGUGUUAUUAUUUUUGUUGAUGUAUUUUCAAUAUUGAAUGUGUUGUUUUAAUGUUAUUGUUGAAGGCUUUGUUUAUU